AUGGCAUCACUGAAAGCUGGAGGCCUGAGUGGCACUUCAAGGCUUGCAAGGGACAUCGGCCUCCUCUACCCUGACCUCUGCUCCGUGGACAGCCUCCGGAGUGGACAGAUCGGCUUCAUCGUCGUUGGGGCCAAGGAUAUUCGCAGCUUCCGCGUCGGCGAGACGGUGUGGCAGGAAGGUGGCGAGAAGUCCGGGGAGCCUUUCCCCGGCUUCAAGAAGGCCCAUCCUAUGGUCUAUGCCGGCAUCUUCCCAGAGGCCGUGAGCGACGGUGAGAAACUGGAGACAGCCAUGCAGCGCCUCCUUCUCACAGACGCCUCGGUGGAGGCUCCCUGGAAUCUGUCUUGGUGUCAGGUCUUGGGCUCGGGGCUUCACUAG